CACGCACUAAGAUGUUCAUUCCUCUGCUGCGAAUAGACUUGAUAGAAAAUCGGAAAAAGAGAGAGAGAGAGACGAGUUCUCCGAUCAACAACGCCAGCAAAAUGGAGAUGGAAACAGAAGUCUCUGCAGAGAAGAAGGAGAAAGUGGUGCUUCUGGUUGGUCCGCCAGGAAGCGGCAAAUCGACGUUCUGUGAGUCCGUAAUGAAAUCAUCUCACCGCCCUUGGUCUCGCAUCUGUCAGGACAUUAUUAACAAUGGCAAAGCUGGAAGCAAAGCUCAGUGCCUAAAGAUGGCUAUAGAAUCCCUCAAGGAAGGGAAGAGCGUCUUUAUUGACAGAUGCAAUCUUGACAGGGAACAGCGCUCCGAGUUUAUUAAGCUCGGUGGUCCCCAUGUUGAAGUCCAUGCACUGGUUCUCGAACUUUCUGCUCAGGUUUGUAUAUCUAGAUCAGUCAAAAGAAGUGGCCAUGAGGGUAAUCUCCAAGGCGGAAGAGCUGCAGCUGUUGUGAACAAGAUGCUUCGGAGUAAGGAACUUCCCAAACUGAAUGAAGGGUUUUCUCGGAUUCUGUUUUGUUACAACGACGCAGAUGUUGAGACUGCUGUUAAAACAUACACCAUGCUUGGUCCAAUGGAUACUCUUCCUUCCGGCUCUUUUGGCCUAAAGAAUCCUGACACCAAAAGCCAACCGGGUAUUAUGAACUUCUUUAAGAAAGUCAGUGCGGUUCCUGCUGCUUCAUCUUCUUCUAAUGAAGCUACAACUCCCAAAGCUAAUGAUAAGAUAGAAAUUGUCAGAGUUUCCCCAGCUAAGCUUGUUGUACCUACAUUGGCAUUCCCUUCAAUUUCGACUGCAGAUUUCCAGUUUGAUCUUGACAAGGCAUCUGACAUCAUUGUCGAGACAGCAGAGGCAUUCCUGCCAAAACUCGGGUCUGCACGGCUUGUCCUGGUUGACUUGAGCCAUGGGUCGAAGAUUCUGUCUUUGGUCAAGGCUAAGGCUUCUCGGAAGAACAUUGAUUCCGGAAGGUUUUUCACAUUUGUUGGAGACAUAACUAAGCUUCAUUCCCAAGGCGGUCUGCACUGCAAUGUUAUAGCUAAUGCUGCUAACUGGCGGCUUAAAUCUGGAGGUGGAGGCGUGAAUGCGGCGAUAUUCAAAGCUGCUGGUUCAGAUCUCGAGGCUGCCACAAGAGCACGAGCAAACACUCUUCUACCCGGAAAAGCCGUGGUAGUUCCUCUUCCUUCUACUUGCCCGCUACAUAACGCUGAAGGAAUUACGCAUGUGAUACAUGUCCUAGGACCAAACAUGAAUCCGAACAGACCAGACUGCCUUAACAACGACUACACCAAGGGCUGCAAAAUUCUCCGGGAGGCGUACACAUCUCUCUUUGAAGGUUUUUUGUCGACAGUACAGGAUCAAUCAAAGUUGCCUAAACGAAACAAUCAAGCAACUGUGUCAGAUUCUGGUGAGGAAGAUUCCGAGAGGAACAAAAAGUACAAGGGGACCAUAGCUAGUAAUAUAAAAUCUGGGUCUGUGGAUGACAGUGGAAAGAAGACGAGUAAAGGAUGGAGCUCAUGGGCAUUGGCACUCCACAUCAUCGCGAUGCACCCAGAGAAACACCUGAAUAUCGUGCUAGAAUCUUCAGACCACAUUGUUGUGAUAAACGACCAAUACCCAAAGGCGCGGAAACACGUGCUAGUACUGGCGAGGGAGGAGAGUGUAGAUGGGCUUGAAGACGUUGGCAGAGAAAAUAUUCAACUUCUUGAGGAAAUGCAAAAUGUUGGUUUGAAAUGGGUUCAGAGAUUCCAGGACGAGGAUCCUUCUCUUAUCUUCCGCCUUGGUUAUCACUCGGUUCCUUCAAUGCGACAGCUACAUCUACACGUCAUAAGCCAAGACUUUGAAUCCGAUCACUUGAAGAACAAGAAACACUGGAACUCUUUCACAACCUCCUUCUUCCGUGACUCGUUGGAUGUGCUUGAAGAGGUCAAAAGCCAAGGCAAGGCCAAUGUGGAGAGUGAAGCUGUUUUGAGAGGUGAGUUGCGUUGCAAUCGGUGUAGAAGCGCACACCCGACUAUCCCCAGACUCAAAUCGCAUAUCAGAACCUGUCCUUCUCCCUUUCCUCACCAUUUACUCCAAACCAGUCGUCUUUUGGCUCGACCAGACUCUUCAAAUUAAUCCACCGGUUAGAUUUAUAUUUUUGUGGUUUUAAGAAUUUUAGAAACUAGUCAAGUGUCGUAUGUAAUUUUAGUGGAUCGUUAAUAGGGCUGGGCAUUCGGGACCAAUAGGGUUUUGGGGGUUUUGGUUCGGGUUCAAUCGGCUUUUGGAUUUAUGAAUUUUAGUCCCAUUCAGAUAUUUGAAAGUUCGUUUUGGAUUC